UUUGAUGGAUCUCCCAAAACACCGGAGAAGCCGGCCAAUCCUCCGCCGCACCGUCUUCGAAACUGCCGGGCUGCGAUGUCCGUGAAAGAAGUGAGAGAGGUCGCCAUGAAGCUCCAGUCAUCGAGUCGGGGCCAGCCGCAUCAGCUCGAUUCGGUUGUCCCCGACGAACAGCAGAUCGGGUCGGCUUCGGGGAAUGCUCCGGCCAGGAAAUCAAAGAGGAAGGUUGAUGAGCUGAUCGAGCAGCUUCCGCAAAAGCAUGGGAUAUUGGUUAGGUUCUUCCAUAGCUUGGAUACUUCGAUCCGGUUGCUUAGGCUAAAGGGCUCUGCAUCCACUUUUAUUAAUAUUAGCCCCAUAAUAGAAUUUUUGACAGAUAGGAGGUUCUCCUAUGGCCAUUUAGCCCAGUUGAUGUUUAUUUUACCUGAAGUGAUUGAGAUCAAAAAGACCCUUGUACACGAUGAGCAAACUAGUUGUAUGAAGCCUGAUCUCCAUGUUUCUAUGAAUGUUGAUGCCAUUAAGGAUGCAGGGAAGCUGAUUUCAGAAAGUGGGAAUUCACACGUGAGGAACGUCUUUCGUGCCAGACUCUUGGAUUUCUUUAAAGCCCACCCUCAGGGGGAAGUUCCAGAGGCAACACUCCCGGAGCCCUUCAGUCACACCAUGUCAGAUCUGCAGACAAGCAUAACCAAGGAGUCCAGUUCAUCCUUCUGGGGUGAGACGUCAGCUAAAGUAUUAGAAAAAGGGGAGCCAGCAGUUUCAUCCCAUCUAUCUCAAUCUUUCCAGAAGCACUUUUCACUGUAUGUUUCAAACAGUGAAGCAGUACAUAAUAACCAAAGGCAGUCAGUAGCAUCCCUACAUCCUUCAGUCAUCCCUGUUCCAGAGCUACACUUGGACCAGAAUUCUAACGAAGGGCUAACCACUGAAACUGCUCGUCCAUCCAGCAGUAAUUUUUUACUAAAACCAAGCUCCCGUAAAUAUUGUUCCUCAACUGGGACUUCUGAAGCUAGAGCAACCUCAUCGCAUUUACCAGCAACUCCAAUGAAAGGGAGAGAUUAUGUAAAGAAUGAAAUUUGUUCCUCCGCUGGAACUGCUACCAUUGAAAGAACUCCAGCAAAACUCGUUUCAACUCCAUUAAAGCUGAUGAGUACCAUACCCACACUGCAACCACCAAAGAGGUGUCAUAUGAGCCCCGAUGACAAUUCAACCUCUUCACCCAGCAAAUUGUUUACACGUCCACCCCGCAGCAGAUCAUUGAAAUUUGAUACUCCUGUAAAAAAUCCAAAGCUAGAAGAUGAAGUCAGUAGUGCCAGAGGAGUGUUGCGUGACAAUGAUAUUUUUGAAAUGCUUCCUGAUGAUCUUCUGCAAUCGAUUAGAGAAAAAGAGAGGAAAGCAUUAGAGGAUGAAGAGCCAGCCAUCUCACAAGCAAGGAAGCGGAAAAAGAUGAUUGCUGGCUUGCCUAAACUCUUUGACAUGAUCCGGUUCUUAUUUCAGUCAAUCAAUAGGUCUAUCAUCACAAAGGAGGAGCUUUUGCACCGGAUAUUGUCCAGCCGCCUAGAUAUUGUCGAUAGAAGAGAAGUUGAGGAGCAACUUGAAUUUUUGCAAGAACUGGUUCCUGAAUGGAUUUAUGAGAAAAAAUUGACAUCUAGUGGAGAUCUUGUCAUCUGCAUCAAUAAGAUUUCAAGCGCAGAGUCAAUCCGAUCAAGAUUGAUGGAUGGCAAGUUGACACCUGUUAUUGAAAGAAGCUGAUUGUAUUGCUCACACGGCAUGUAAAUUUGGUUUGGUUGAUAGUGUAAAAAUUCUGUUCUCUCCGGAUUGGUUUAUGCCCCAUCCAUUUCAAACUCUUGUCCCCAAACCAAAGGAUGACAUUACAAUUCGAUUAAACUUUUGAGUUGGGACUUGGUAUCUUGACCUCA